AUGUCAUCAGACUCGGACGCGACCCUUGAACCCGAGAGCCCGUCCUCAACAGCAGCAGAGCACACCCCGCUAGAGCAAACCAUCGACAUUGAUCCCGACGACGAUCUUCUCCUGUGGGUCGGCUUGGACCUCGGCACCCCCUCCAACAUCAGGCCAAGUGCAAUGCAAGUCCUUCCCACCAUCGUUCAUGGCGACCUUGGCAAUGUCUCCCAAUAUGUGGAGAUUGUCCAGCUCUACGAUAUCGUGAUGCUCGUCGACAAGUACGGGCUGCACCGCGCGCUUAAGCCGUGGGUUCGUCCAUGA